CAGACAUCCUGACACAUCACACUGCGGUGCAACAUGAACUCUUUUGCCACGGUGGCUGACAGGCUCGUUUCAGUCAUUGUGUCACGGUGACGCGCUCAAGAGCUGCAGAUUCAUGAACGCGCGCCGUUCUUUUUAAUGGAUGGGAUCAGGAAGAGGGACGCGGAUGAAAGAUCGGUGUAAGGUUUCCCCCUCAGUCAUCACUUCUACAAGCAGCAGCCUCACAGAUAAACGGAGCGUCCAGCCUGCAAGAAGAGUCCUAUCCAGAGUGUUUCUCCUCAUUGAAAAGAUUUAAUCAGUGCUGCCCAGCCAAUGCGACAUCUUAUUCCAUAUCUCUAAUGUGCCAGUGCAAACAAGUUCUUGAUAUCGUUGACUUUUUACCAAGAGAAGUCCAACAACAGCUGCUGAUUACAGCGCGGCUCUCAGCUUGGCUGGCUAUAAUCUAGAUGCCGGAGGACCCAAAUACAAGACUCCGCUGAAGAAAAGACUGAGGAAUUUUUAUUUUUUUUUUCUCAUCGUCCUUGAAGUUGAGCUUGGGUCCAAUCAUGGGGGCCACAGGCUAUGGUUACUACCGUGUAACCAUCUUCUUCUGCAUGUUCAUGGGCUACGCGCUGUACUUCUUCAACAGGAAGACCUUCUCCUUCGUGAUGCCCUCUGUGAUGGAAGAGAUCCAACUGGACAAAGAUGACUUGGGUCUGAUCACCAGCAGCCAGACCAUGGCCUAUGCCAUCAGUAAGUUCAUCAGCGGCGUGCUGUCGGAUCAGAUCAGUGCCCGCUGGCUUUUCUCCAUCGGACUCUUCUUGGUGGGAGGCAUCAACGUCGCCUUCUCCUGGUCCUCCACUGUCCCCAUGUUCUCGCUGCUCUGGUUCAUCAACGGCCUGGGACAAGGCUGUGGCUGGCCCCCGUGUGGCAAAGUGCUGCGCAAGUGGUUUGAGCCCUCCCAGUUUGGAACAUGGUGGUCUGUGCUGUCCUGCAGCAUGAACCUGGCUGGAAGUCUGGGUCCAAUCCUGGUCACAGUACUCCUGCAGUACUACGACUGGAGGACCAUCCUGACCAUGUCAGGCGUUUUCUGUGCUGCCUUCUCCCUUGUCUGUGUGGCGUUUGUAAAGAACGAGCCAAAGGAUGUGGGCCUGCCCAGCAUCGAGGCAGCAGUCAAGAAGGGCGCUAAGGGAGGGACCAGCGAGAGCACCCUGAGGGAGUUCCUCCUCUCUCCGUUCCUGUGGGUGCUGUCUCUGGGCUACCUGGUGGUGUUCGGGGUGAAGACGGCUGCCACUGACUGGGGACAGCUGUUCCUCAUGCAGGAGAAAGGCCAGACUGUUCUCAUGGGCAGCACCUACAUGAGUGCCUUGGAGGUGGGAGGUUUUGUGGGCAGCCUGGCAGCGGGCUUACUCUCUGACAGAGCUGUAGCUCGGCAAGGCCUGGGCACCCACGGCAACCCCCGCCACGGCCUGCUCAUUCUCAUGAUGGCCGGGAUGUAUGUGUCCAUGUACCUCUUCAGAGUCACCAUCACGCCUGAAGUCCCACAGGAGGCUCCUCUUUGGGUCCAAGUCAUUCACCCCGUCUCUGUCCUCAUUGGUGUAUCAGAAAAAGAGAUCUGGAUCCUGUUCCUCGGUGCUAUGUUUGGAUUCUCUUCUUACGGACCUAUUGCCUUGUUUGGGGUGAUCGCCAGUGAAAGUGCUCCUUCAAAUUUUUGUGGAACCUCUCAUGCUGUUGUAGCUCUGAUGGCAAAUGUGGGGGCUUUUAUGGCGGGGCUUCCCUUCAGCACUAUUGCCAAACAACACAGCUGGGAUAUGGCCUUCUGGGUAGCCGAGGUGAUAAUGGCCGCCGCCACCAUCGGCUUCUUCCUCGCACGCAACAUGCGCACCAAAAUGGGACGGAUCGCAGUGAAAAUGGACUAAUGUGUCCUCCGGAAAGUGAGCCGACUGUUGACGUCCUGUCAUGUGCCCAGACGGACUGUGUUCCUGCACUGUUGACGGCUCGGUGUACACAAUACUGCACAUUAACACAACCAUCAGUUUGACCAAACACGACCACUGUCGCACGGACUAAUCGCCAACAUUUUGUUUCUAAUUAAUUGGGUUGAUGUACUGUAGAUGCUCAGGGUGGGUGGGCGUCAUUUAACAACUUUAGAUUCACAAGCAGGUACUUUUGUAAUUGUUUAUCACAAGAUAGUCUGGCUACCACACAUACAUUUUGUUAUAUGAGAAAAAAAAUAAACGCUCUGGGUUGUUUUCAUUAGUUUAAACCAAUCACUAUUGUUUUUGGCGGCGCUAGACUCCGGACGCAGGGACGGUGGCUCUGCAAAACCUUCUCUGGAAGGAACUUGUUGUGGUGGAACAUUUGCACCCCGCAGAAGAAAACGCCA